GAAGUUCCCGGAAGUGGCCUGGCCAGAGGCGUCCGGUGCGGGUCGGGAAGGAUGGCGAUGGCCACCAUGUUCCCGAGUCUGGCACGGGCAAGUGGCUAAAAUACAUGCCACCCCAUUAAGAAUGUUAAGGGAAUACAAAGGAAGGAGAAGAUACUUCCGCUGGAGAAUUUCUGGAAAGGUACUCGUUAAGAACACGUGUGCAGUGAGGGCUGGGUCCUACUCCUCACUGCAGUCACUGUUUGGGUGACCUUGAUGCUUGCUCUGUCAAGGCGUCACCUAGCGUCACCCUCGCUCAGCACACCACCAUUCAGCCGUUUCUACAGAGGCGACAGCCCAACAGAUUCCCAAAAAGACAUGAUCGAAAUCCCUUUGCCUCCGUGGCAAGAGCGGACUGAUGAAUCCAUAGAAACCAAAAGAGCCCGGCUACUCUAUGAGAGCAGAAAGAGGGGAAUGUUGGAAAACUGUAUUCUGCUUAGCCUCUUUGCCAAAGAAUACCUGCACCGCAUGACAGAGAGACAGCUGAACCUGUAUGACCGCCUGAUUAAUGAGCCCAGCAAUGACUGGGAUAUUUACUACUGGGCCACAGUUCGUGGAACUGCUAGCUCGUCAUGUACAGCUGAGGAUCGGUGCCUCCAGAGAUGCAUAGGCUCGAAGGGGAUCGACGAUGCCCAGAGAGCAAGAGGAUACCAAGUGCAGAGCAAAACAGUGCGGCUGACGCUGCACAGCCAGGGGUCCGCAGAUGUGUUCAUAAAGGACCAGACGGCGCAUACUUUUGUCUGGCGGCCAGGUGGUCUCCACUGCAGCUCCUCAGCGCUGCCCAGGCGUUCCAGAACAGCCAUGGACGAAGCAAAACCAGCCCCAGAAAUCUUUGAAAACGAAGUCAUGGCCAUGCUCAGAGACUUUGCCAAGAACAAAAACAAAGAGCAGAGACUGCGCGCCCCAGAUCUUGAAUACCUCUUCGAAAAGCCGCGUUGAGUUGCACAUCACUGCCCACCACAGGGGCUCCGUCCCCGGACCCUCACUUAGAAUAGGCAGUGGCCUUGACUCCCCGCUUCUCCUUAGCCCACCCAGCCCGCUUGUCUUGCCUCAAACGAUGGACCCAUCUCAGGAUGUGUACACAUUCAGUUGGACCCACUCUAACAUUUUCGUUCAGGUUUUAAGCCCCAGAAGUGGGUGUCGGUGUGGCCGACGCUCAGGUCCGUGGUUCUGGCUGCUGUCCCCGGAGGCAGGCCUCUGCCACAGGAGGGCACUGGAGGGAAGCGAACCUGCUCGCUCAGUGCUUCAGCCGGGAGGCGUGCGUGCUCCGUGUGGCGAGGCGGCCGGGGCUGCGUUCAAGUGAAAUUCCCCCUUUGCCCCGGCGCAGUCCUUUCUUCCAGGGAAGCAGAUCCAGGCCCCUGGAGCCGAAUCUUUCGAAGGCACCGUGGGCAGAAUGCGGCAGCAGGCGGGCACGCGUGGGCACACUGCCUAAGACUCGACUUCCUCCUCAUCACGUUUUCUCUCCAGCGUUUGCUCUGUAAACCAAAAGGUCAUUAAAUAUUAAAGAAUCAUUCACAGGAAAAUCA